AUGGCUAUCCUGACAACGACGACGGAUACUCGCCUUGUCAUCACAGUGGCCGCGGUAUGCUUCAUACUGGUUCGACUGCUGUCUAUCGGCAAGCGAAGCCCGAAAAUGCCUCCAGGCCCGCCGACGCUGCCCAUAAUAGGAAACCUCCAUCAGAUGCCCAAGAAGGAUACCCACCUACAAUAUCAGAAAUGGGCGCAAGAGUAUGGACCGAUCUUCUCCCUGAAACUGGGGACCCAGGAUGUCGUGGUCCUCGCAAGUGGCGACAUGAUCAAGCGCCUCGUGGACAAGCGUAGCGGAAACUAUGCAGACCGACCUGCGCUGUUCAUGCAGGACAUAUUCGAGCACUCGCGCAUCAUCAUGAGAGGUUACGACGACCUGUGGAAAGUCGAGCGGAAACUCUACCACCAGUUCCUCAACAGCACAAAAGCCGCCCGGUACACGCCUUACCAGGACCUGGAGACGAAGCAGCUCUGCUUCGACCUCCUCCAGCGUCCCGACGACUUUGAGGCGCUGGUCACGAGGACGACGCUGAGCGCGGCCACCAGUAUGGCGUACGGGUUUCGCGUGACGGACCCGAACAACCCCGUCAUGAAGGAACUCCUCCACAACGCACACGGGUUCUUCACCAUGGUCCACAAGAGCCAGUUGCUGGACUGGUACCCUCAGCUGCGCUGGAUCGUGCGCUGGGUCCCGUCGUUCCUCUACCCCAUGUAUCGGAAUGCAAAGGAGAUUUUUCGUCGAGAGAAGAUCCAGUUCCAUCAGCUGCUGCGCGAUGUUCGGAAGAACCCGUUACCAAGUUUCGCGUCAGAUAUACUUCGAGCGCAAGAGUCUUGGGCGGGAAAGCCAGAAGGGGCCAUCCUGACGGACCAUGCCGCCGCAUAUAUUGCCGGAAUCGCCAUGGAGGGAGCGACAGACACGCAGAGCAACCAGCUAGCGGGAUUCAUCAAGAAGAAAGCGCGUGCGCAAUUGGACGACGUCGUCGCGUCCGAUCGACUACCUGAAGUCAGCGAUCUCACCAGUCUGCCGUAUAUUCGGCAAGUCAUGAAAGAAGUUGUCCGCUGGAUGCCAACAACUGUUGCCGGAGCGAUCCCGCACGCCGCGCGAAACCAGGACGAAAUCGACGGUUACACAAUCCCGCAAGGGGCCACGAUCGUGCUGGCUGUGUGGGCAGCCAACAACGACCCGGCGCUGUUCCCCCAGCCGCGCGUGUUCGACCCGUCGCGCCAGAACCCGGGCCUGUCCAUGGGCGAGGCCGCACUGGCCAGCGACGUGCGCGACCGCGACCACUGGACGUUCGGGGCCGGCCGGCGUAUCUGCCCAGGCAUCCACGUCGCCGAGGGCACCAUGAUGCUGAGCAUGGCGCGGAUCUUAUGGGGGUUCGAGAUUUCCAGGGCGAGGGACGGGAAUGGACGUGAGAUCGAGGUCGUGCCGGACGAGCUGACGCAGUCGAUCGCCGCGAGGCCAUUGCCUUUCAAGUUGAGUGUUUCCUCUUCCCUUCCGUUUCCUCCUAACCUAGCCUGA